AUGUGCUUUGUACAUAUCUUUUCGGCAGGUGAGCAGAGGACGCAUUGCUUCAAAGAACGGACUCGCAGUCUGCUCAAGGCCUGCUAUCUCCACGACCCCUACCCGUCACCGGCAAAGAAGUUCGAGCUCGCCAACCUCACCGGACUGACGGCCACUCAGGUGGGCAAUUGGUUCAAGAAUCGUCGUCAACGCGAUCGCGCCGCCAUGAUCCGAACGGCCGCAGCAUCAAAGUCCUCCGGCCCCCUGCAGCCUGACAACGAAAUUCCCGUAGAAGUCGACCUCUCCGUUGUCACCAUGGACACUGGUACCGUCGACGCUGGUCGGGAGGCCGCAUUGCAGACUCGUCUUGCCUCGGAGACGGGUGCAAAGAUCCGGCUUGCCGAGCAACACAGCCAAGUCUGGCUGUCGCCGCAACCGGCUUGGUCGGAGGCUAAUUCGGCGGAAAACCUGGACGGCAGCAUCGAGAGCCAACGGUACAGCGAAGAGGGUGCUGGCGAAAAAGAGGAGGGGGGCGAAAGGGGAUCAAACGAUGAAGCUGGACUGUUCUAUUGUCAUUGUCUAAACGCCGAGCAUGAGGUAAGACUGGAAGGUGGACAUGGCGCCAAGAAACAGCGCUUGGAGAGGACAGAGACAGACGACGACCGGGAUCAUUUCGACGCAGACAAAAGUCCAUCGUUCGACGGCAAAGUGACCGAAGAUGGCGUGUCUCCAGGUCGCCUGGAGGCUGGCGGAGAAGAGCCUCGUGGUACCAAAAAGCCCGGGAAGACCUACGAGCCAAGUAAGGCAAAAGCACCCUCUGACAGACGUCGUGAUGAGGAGCAGUCUCAAGAGUACCUUCAUAAAGUGACCAACAACACGGAAGGACAGUCAAGCAAAACUAAGCUAUUUAAGUGA